UCAGCACAGCGAAGGUGAGGCGAAGGGGAGAGGAGAGGGGAAGAGCAAGCCCACCUCCCAUUCCCGUCUCCCUAUCCUAUGGAUAGAGCCGCCGCGACAGCCGUAGACAUACUCGUCAUGAUCCCAUCGCCUUCGCCUUUGUAGCACCGCCCCCUCAUCCUCACCCGCCCCCUGUUUCUUGGCCCCCGGGUUCUUGGAUUGGAUCCCCAUCCGCCCGUUUCUUGGAAGAGAGAUGGCCGAAAUGGCCGUGACCGUCGCCGCCGCUGGGACGCUCCGUCCGUGCACCGGCGUGUCGCAGGCGGCCCCUGGGGGCCGCCGGGCCGUGGGUCUGGUCCGGUGGCGGUCUCUUGCGCCGGCGGCGCCCGCUAAGCUGAGAUUGUCCUCUUCAGCUGUGAGGGUUCCCAGGGCUGCUUCCCCUGCUUCUGUUGAGCAGGAUGGGAGCAACAUUGAUACAGUCCCUAUCCCAAAAGUUAUAAUAGAUCAAGACUCGGAUCCGGAUGCAACCAUUGUAGAAGUAACCUUGGGUGACCGUCUUGGCGAUCUUCUAGAUACGAUGAAUGCCCUGAAGGGCUUAGGGCUAAAUGUCGUUAAAGCUAGUGUCUGCCUCGAUGCUGCCGGCAAGCAUAACAAGUUUUCUAUAACAAAAUCGUCCACUGGCCGCAAAAUUGAUGACCCAGAGUUGUUAGAAGCGGUACGGCUGACGAUUAUUAAUAAUAUGAUACAGUAUCACCCGGAAGCUAGCAGUCAAUUGGCUAUGGGUGCAACUUUUGGGCCAGAACCUCCUACUGAGCAGGUUGAUGUGGACAUAGCAACCCACAUAGAUAUCUAUGACGAUGGACCUGAAAGAAGCUUACUUGUGGUGGAAACAGCUGACCGUCCAGGGUUACUGGUGGAUCUUGUUAAGAUCAUCUCCGACAUCAACAUCACUGUCCAAUCUGGAGAGUUUGACACUGAGGGGCUACUGGCUAAAGCAAAAUUCCAUGUAAGUUAUAGGGGUAAACCCCUGAUCAAGGGUUUGCAACAGGUUCUUGUUAAUAGCUUGCGCUAUUUCUUGAGAAGGCCGACAACAGAGGAGGCCAGCUUCUAGACAGAUGACAAUGAAGGCGCCCCAACUUUUAGUCAUUCACUUAAUUUAUCACAUGGGAUUCAGAUGAAUUGGAUACUAUCAUCAAAGAAGUUGUUGGAAUACGCAAAAUAACUUCUUAAAGAUGGAGGGGGUAUACUUGAUCUUAUGACGCCACACCAAUUUAAGAUAUUGUUCAUUUGAAACGGCAUGGCAUCUGCUGUGCGAUUCUUAAGCAUGUAACCCAUGAUUAUUUUGCCACUUGGGAAUUGGGGUGCAUGUUUGGUGAUAAAUAAGAAGGAAAAUUGUGGGGGCUUCAUCCAUUGUUUGGAUGGAAUAGUGUGGUUGUAUUAUUGUACAUCCCAUUUUCAGAUUAAUGAAGUUACAUAUAAUAA